GUUAUAGUGGUUAGAGGCGAGUGGAGACGGGAUAUCGUUAAUUUCGGGGGAGGGAAUUAGAAAGAAGAAGAAGAAAGAUAUUGAGGAAGAAGAAGGAAGAACAAAAACUUUGAACUCUAGGGUCUAGUGGAACUCAAUUACGCCUUGAAUUUUCUCAAUCUCUUCAUCGAUUCCGAUUGAAUUCAUCAUUAUUCAGACAAGGAACAGCGAUUGAAUUCAAUAUGCAUGCGAUGGUAUUGAAUUUGAAUCCCUCCCCUUACACCAGACCCCCGCAAACCCUUGAAUCUCCUUCUUGUUCUCGAACUUUCAAGAUCUCGAGGUUUUUCCUUCGCCAUCUUUCACCUUGGCGGCGAUCGUGUCGUUCCCUUCGAGUUCGAUUGCCGUCUACCUCGCGCACGCGAGUUAUAAGAGCUGUUGCAACUCCCCAUUCGGCACUAGAAUUGCCACUGACUGCAGAAAAUGUUGAGAGUGUGUUGGACGAGGUUCGACCAUAUCUUAUUGCAGAUGGUGGAAAUGUGGCAUUACAUGAAAUUGACGGAAAUGUUGUACGGUUGAAGCUACAAGGAGCUUGUGGCUCAUGUCCGAGUUCUGUUACGACCAUGAAGAUGGGAAUUGAACGCCGUUUGAUGGAGAAGAUUCCUGAAAUUGUUGCUGUGGAACCAAUAGCAGAUGAAGAAACUGGAUUGGAACUCAACGAAGAAAAUAUAGAGAAGGUACUUGAAGAGAUAAGACCUUACCUUGUUGGGGCAGCGGGAGGAUCUCUUGAACUUGUGGGUAUUGAGGAGCCAAUAGUUAAAGUUCGGAUUACUGGACCAGCAGCCGGGGUCAUGACAGUUCGUGUGGCUGUUACACAGAAAUUGCGAGAGAAGAUACCAGCCAUAGCGGCGGUGCAACUUUUGUAAUAAUGAAACUCCAAUUGUAAUGAGGGAUCGUGUAUAGUUUCUUCAUUAUUCACUUCGUCAUAAGAAUAGAAUCUCAUAGAAUUUGUGUAUAAUGGUUGUUGCAUUGACGUAUGGAUAAGAAGGUAUAACAGUUCUUUACUAUAUUUCGUACA